CAUGGAUUCCACAUCACCUCGCAAGAGAUGGAAUUGGAACUGGAACUGGAACUGGCGAAAGCGAUCAAAGCAGCCUUCUGUCCACAAUUCCAUGGUCAGGAUAAACUCGGCUUUGGUCUGGUCUGGUCUGGUCUGGUCGGUCAUCGCUGCUCUGGCUGGCCUGGAAAUCCCUCAAUAUCCCACACGGAGUGCCCACCCCAAUCCCAACUCAAGCAGAGCCCACUCAACCCUCACUGAGACUGCCGUCUCGUCCGAGCGAGAAGAGAUGACGCCGCUGACUGGUAUGGCACUGACGGGGACUGACUGGGACUGGGACUGGGACUGGGACUGGGACUGGACGGGGUUUACUGUACUUUGGCACUCGGGCUGGCCUGGCCUGGCCUGGCAUUGGCAUAGCAUGGGGCUGGCUUUGAUUUUGGCUGCUGGUGGCAUCUGAACACAGAAAUGCAGAAACGCUCGCUGUGGCCGUCAAAACCGAUCAGCUAGCCGGAUCCGGUCUAGCGAGUAAAUUUUUGGUGCAGUGUCGUAGUGUCGUAGUGUCGUAGUUACUAGGUUACUAGGUGGUAGGAGCUCUGCAGCC